AUGAUUUCUUUAUUCUUUUGUUUGAUAUUUUAAGCAUUCUCAUAUUUGAGUUUAGAAUUAGGAUAAACAUAUAAUGAGUAUCAAAUUUAAUCAUAAUUAGUGCUAUAAUACCUUGGUAAGGAGAUUAAAAUUACAAAUAUUAUUAAAUCGAUAUAAACAAGACAUUUAAAGAUAGAGAUUUAGUAAUAGUUGUGAAAUAGCAAUCUACUUUAGGAAACCCUGAUAUAUAUAUUUCUUCUUUUGAGAAAUAGCCAAAUAAAUAAAAUUAUGAGAUUUAAUGUAAUUCUUAAGGAAUGGGUAAUUAAAUAUAUAAAUGGUUUUAGAUAUUUGUGUAAUUCAAUAACCCGAGAUAAAGACAUAUUAUUUGGGAAUUUAUUGUGAAGAAUAUUGUAGAUAUAAUUUAAAAGCUGUUUAUCAAGAGGAAUUAAUGAUGACGAAUUGUAAUUAUGAUAAUCUGAAUAAUAGUUGAUAUUUUAGAGUUUAAGUUAAAUAGUUCAAGUUGGACUGAAAUAAUUAGAAUAAAAAUAGACAAAUUAAUUUAAAAUUCAAUUAAACAAGAUUAGAAUUUAGAAGUGUAAGUAUAAGUGAAAAAUAUCGAAAUAUUAGAAGAAUCAUUUCAAUCUUUUAUAAAUUAAGGAUUGGAGAAGCCAACAUAAUAGAUAUAUGAUUACAGAGGAGAGGAUACAUAUUCAGGAAUUUAAAAGUUUAAGAUAAAUAAGAUAAAAUAAAAUUAGACUUAUACAUUAUUAGUAGAAGCAUAAUAAGGAGCAAUUGUAUAGAUAAGAACAAGGACAUAUGGAUAGAAAAAGUUUGUUAAUGUAGGAGACUCGUUAGAAGAGAUAAUUUAAGAAAAUGAAUUUGGAUUUUAUGUAGUGAACAUUACGUCAGAUUAAGAAUUAUUUUUAUAAGGGACAUUAAUUUUGAAUAUAUAAUUAAUAUCUUUUAAAGGAUAUACUGAAAUGUAUAUCAAUAUGGAUGAGAAUCCAGCAUAUUUAGAAGAUUAUCAUUGGAAAUUGAAAGAUGGAACAACGAAUGAUUUAAUGAUUACAAAUCAAGAUUUGAAUCGUUUAAAUGCUAAAGGAUUUUAUGCAUAUAUUGUUAUAUAGGCUAAAGAAUCAAAUGCUACAUUUGAAUUAAAAACAUAGAUGUUGAAUCCAGAUUUUAUGGUUAUGGAAUUGAAUAAACCAGCGGUUAGUUAGAUGAGCAAGUUGAAAUUUCAUUAAGAGAAAUUUGUGAUUGAAAGCAAUAAAAGAUAAACUGUAAGUGUUAGUCUUAGAAAUAUAAGAGGAGAUGCAGACAUUGUACUUAAAUUAUGUAAAGACUUUUGGAGUUGUAAAUUUAGUUAAAAAGAUUAUAAUUCAAUAAUUUCUAAUGAAUUUUAUACUUAUAUUACUGAAUAGUAAUAUUUAUACUCUUUAAAGUAAUAUCAGUUUUAAAUAUCAUAGUCCUGGAAAUGAUGUGAUUAUAUUUGAUUAUUUUCCAGAAAAUUGUUAUUAUUAUCUUAAUGUUUAUAGGUGCUUCUAUGCUUUAAUGAUUAUUCCUGGAUAAAAUAAUACUGAAGAUGAAUUAACAUUCUCUAUUUUAAUAACAACAAAACAAGAUUCGAUUAUCUUAAAAGAAAAUACACCAAUUAAAUAAUUUGUAUUACAUGAAUUCUAUAACUAUUAUAAAUUUACAGUGAAUGAUGAUGAUUAUAUUAAAAGACUCUUUAUCUAAUUAACUCCUAUUUAAGGUCAACCAAAGAUAUUUUCAUCAAAGAGUGAAAUAUAUCCUACCAAAGAACAAAAUGACAAUUAAGGUAUUUAGAAUGUAAUUACUUAUGGAAGUAAAGAUAAUGGAGCAACAUAAAUUAAAGGAAAUAUUUAUAUUUGUGUCUAUGGGGAAACAGCUAGUUCUUAUAUUAUUACUGCUAUUGUAUUCAGAAAAUAAGAAGAUUGGGGAACUAUUGGAAAAUAUGCACACUAAUAUAUUCAACUAAUUGAAGGUUAUCCAUAAGAAAUUACUACUAAUUAUUCAUAAGAUGUUUAACUCUUCAAAAUUGAUCUAAGUGGAUAUAGUGAUUAAGAAUCAGUUAAAGUUUAUAUGAGAAUUAAUUCAGGGGAAUUUAUUAUCUAUGGAUUUGAUCAUCCAGAAAUUGAUAUUAACAAAGCUUUUCUUAAAGGAUCAAAUUAAUUAUUACUCAAUCAAUACGACACUAGAAUUCCCUAAUUUUUAUAUGUAAGAGUCUAAACUAAUUCUAACACUUCUUAUUCUCUAUAUUCAUAUUCAAUAAAUUAUAGAGUUAGAUCUUAACCUAUUGAAUUAGUCUUAGGAGAUAAUUAUUAAGGUUUUAUUGAAAAUUAUGAUAAACAAUCCUUCUUUGUAAAUAUUUACAAAAAGGAAGACGUAUUUAUCAAUCUACAUGCUGAAAACAUAGAUCAAUCUAUUUUAUCUGCUAAUGUUUUUGUUUCAAAUGAUAUCAUAGAAAUGAAAUCUUAAAAUAUGAUAAUUACUGUUAAUUAACUCCAAUACGAAAAAUGUCAAAAAACUUAAGAAAUUGUUUCAUGUCAAAUUGCUAUUUAUGUAGAAUCAAUUUAAGAUACUUAAUUUUCAUUAUUGAUUUCAAAAUCAAAUUCAAUUAUAAAACUUUAUAAUGAAGAAUCAAUUACAAAAACAUUAACAAAUGAUUACGAUUAUUUCACAUUUUUAUUAACUGAAGAAACAGAAAUUGCAAUAUUUUCUAUCACAGCAAAUAUUAGAAUUUUAGUUAAUAUUGUAGAAUUAGAUUCACCAACUUUAGAACAAUUUCCAACUAAUGAUAAUAAUUCAUAAUUCUAAUCCCUAAAUGAUUAAAUUGAAAUAGAAAGUAAUGUCUUUAUAUCAUUGGGUGAAAUUCAAAAAGCAAAUUGUGAUCGUGUUCCUUGUUAUGCUGCAGUUACAUGUACUAUUGCAAAUUCAUCAAAUAAAAAUAAUUAAGAAUAUACUAUCAUUCGAACUUCAGGAGCAUUUAAAUUAUUUGAAGGUUUUGUUUAUACUGGAAAAAUUAAAAAAAAUUAAAUAAAAUAUUUCAAAGUUGAUAAUGUUAAUGAAGCAAUUGGUUUAUAAAUAAUUGCUACUACAUUAGGAAAAAAGAAAAUCCUAUUAUUUGCAAGUAUUAAUUAAAUGCCUACUUAACAAAUUCAUGAUUUUACAUCCAGUUUCAAUAUUGGAGACUUUUUAAUAAUUCCACCAAAAAAGGAUUCUUUUUAAAUUGUUACUUAUUAGUAUUUAAUAUUUUUAUUAUUCUAGUAUUGGUGUUUAAGCUUAUGAAGAAUUAUCGAUAUCAAUUUAAGUGAAAAUGGGAAAUACACGUUUUUAUCAUAUAAAAGUCUAAAGACCAUUUCUAGUUAGUUUGCCAAAAGAUUCAAAAACUUAUUUAACAUUUUAUAAUAAUCAUUAAACUGAAUUUAGUAUUUUAAUAAGUUCUAAUGUUUUAACUUAGUAUUAAAAACCUAAAAUACAUAUUAGAGCAUAUUAAAUUAAUCAAUAAUCAGAAGUGAUGAAUUCAAUACAAACAGAGUAAUUUUUAAUAAUAUAUUCAGAUAUGACUGGAAAAUGGAUGACUACUAUUUGGAAAUCACAAGUGAUUAAUAGAAUUACUGUUCCUACUGUUAUUAUUUGAUUUAUAUGGAAAACAAUUAUUAGGAAGUAGAGAUCACAAUCACAAUAGCAUUAAAAGAAUUUCCGAUAUAUUUAUAGGAUAAUGUGGAGUUGAGAAAUUAAAUCAAAACUAAUUAGUCUUAGCAUUAUAUUUAUUUUCCACUUUAUAUGAAUGAAUUUUAUUUGAAUGUAACUGUUUUUAAGGGUUAAAUUUAUUUAUUUGAUUAAAAAGAUGGUUCAGAUAAUAAUUAUUCUCAAUUGCGUCUUAUUCUUAGUGAUGAAGAUGGAAUAUAUGAUUAGUUUAAUUAAUAAAUAGCUAGUCGUGAAGGAAUUUAUGCUAAUCGAAGUUUAUAUAUAAAUCAUGUCAAUUUGUAAAAUAAUCUUUCCUUCUAUAAUUUAAAAGUAUACUCUAAUUUCACAAGUAAAUCAAUAUAUUAAGUUGAAAUCAUAAAUAAAUAANAGCAUUUAAAUUAUUUGAAGGUUUUGUUUAUACUGGAAAAAUUAAAAAAAAUUAAAUAAAAUAUUUCAAAGUUGAUAAUGUUAAUGAAGCAAUUGGUUUAUAAAUAAUUGCUACUACAUUAGGAAAAAAGAAAAUCCUAUUAUUUGCAAGUAUUAAUUAAAUGCCUACUUAACAAAUUCAUGAUUUUACAUCCAGUUUCAAUAUUGGAGACUUUUUAAUAAUUCCACCAAAAAAGGAUUCUUUUUAAAUUGUUACUUAUUAGUAUUUAAUAUUUUUAUUAUUCUAGUAUUGGUGUUUAAGCUUAUGAAGAAUUAUCGAUAUCAAUUUAAGUGAAAAUGGGAAAUACACGUUUUUAUCAUAUAAAAGUCUAAAGACCAUUUCUAGUUAGUUUGCCAAAAGAUUCAAAAACUUAUUUAACAUUUUAUAAUAAUCAUUAAACUGAAUUUAGUAUUUUAAUAAGUUCUAAUGUUUUAACUUAGUAUUAAAAACCUAAAAUACAUAUUAGAGCAUAUUAAAUUAAUCAAUAAUCAGAAGUGAUGAAUUCAAUACAAACAGAGUAAUUUUUAAUAAUAUAUUCAGAUAUGACUGGAAAAUGGAUGACUACUAUUUGGAAAUCACAAGUGAUUAAUAGAAUUACUGUUCCUACUGUUAUUAUUUGAUUUAUAUGGAAAACAAUUAUUAGGAAGUAGAGAUCACAAUCACAAUAGCAUUAAAAGAAUUUCCGAUAUAUUUAUAGGAUAAUGUGGAGUUGAGAAAUUAAAUCAAAACUAAUUAGUCUUAGCAUUAUAUUUAUUUUCCACUUUAUAUGAAUGAAUUUUAUUUGAAUGUAACUGUUUUUAAGGGUUAAAUUUAUUUAUUUGAUUAAAAAGAUGGUUCAGAUAAUAAUUAUUCUCAAUUGCGUCUUAUUCUUAGUGAUGAAGAUGGAAUAUAUGAUUAGUUUAAUUAAUAAAUAGCUAGUCGUGAAGGAAUUUAUGCUAAUCGAAGUUUAUAUAUAAAUCAUGUCAAUUUGUAAAAUAAUCUUUCCUUCUAUAAUUUAAAAGUAUACUCUAAUUUCACAAGUAAAUCAAUAUAUUAAGUUGAAAUCAUAAAUAAAUAAUAAGCUAUUGAAUUAAAAGUAGGAUAACCAUAAAAUUUUAGAAUCGACUCAUAAAAUAAAAUAUAAUUAUUCUUUGUUAUUCCAUAAGGAACUAAUGAUUAAGAUUAUUAUUCAAUUACAAUUGAAGUUCAAUAUCUCUUUAAAUAAAGAAAUGUGCUUAUGCCUGAAUUCACAUUAAAACAAGAUAAAUACAAUAACCCUGAUCUACUAUCCAACUAUCAUGAUUUUGUUAAUGUUCAGAUAUCUGUUUUAUAAGAAUUAGAUAAAUUAAUUUAUAUCUAAAUACCUAGUAUACCAGGACUCUACUUUCUUACUUUGAAUCCAAAAGAUAUUCUUCAUUUAUUUUACUCUAUAAUUUUAGGUAAUAGAGAUUAAAACAUCUUAACACCAAAAUCAUAAAGAUUAGCCAGAACAAAAGUUGGUGAACAAAAAAUAUGGGAAAUUCAUAUCGAGGAAAUCUCUUAACUUUUUUUACAAAUUUAAUUAUGUGGAGGAAUAGUCAAUGCAUUUGGAAGUUCAUCCAGAGAUGAAUUAAUUAAUGGAUUUUAUAUGGAUAAAAUAGAACAUAUAAAAAAUAAAUAAUUGAUUGGAACAAUUCCUUCUAUAAAUCCUUAAAUUUAUUACUUAAAUACUUAAACUAUUAAAAGUACUACAUAAAAUGAUUUGGUUUCAUAUAUAUUAAAAAUUGACAUUCUAAAAAAUGAUACAAUUAUACCUAUUGAUCAUUUUUAUCCAGGGGAAGAUGGAGAAUUUACAAUUAUUAAAAUUAAUAAUGAAUUGCAUUUUUAAUACUCCCCUAUUUAAUUUUCUGAAAAGUCUAGUUAAGAUUAUUUAUUAGAAAGUAUCACUUAUACAUUUUUAUAUUAAAUAUAUAAAUAAAAUGAUACUUCAAUAUUUGAUAAAUGUAAUCAACACAAAAAUUAUAAAUCAUUUACAUAACGAAGGAUUGAACAUGACCCUACAAAUCCACUUUAAUAUUAAAUUAAAAUAGAAGAAAUUGAUUUUGAAAAACUAUUAACUACAAUAUAAGCCUCAGGUAAUUAAUAUAAUUAUUUUAGUAAAUAUAAGAACCAAUAAUUAUGAGUAAAUACAAUUUACAUACUAUUAUAAAGUAAAAACUCUAGAAUUAAAUACACUCUUAUCCAAUCAUAUUGAAGAUGAAAAAACCAAUGCUUAUUUUAUCAUAAUACUUGCGGUAUUAUUAUUUAUAUUUUUCUUAUUGGCUAUGAGGUACCGAAAUCUUAGAUAAAUGUAAAUAUUUUAUUUAUUUUAUAGUGCUAAAUUUGAAGCCUACACUGACAAACCUAAUACUAAAUUUGAAGAAUCAAUUGAAAUGAAUUUGGCAAAUUAUGCAAAUAUUAAGUGA